AUGGAGCGCCCAGCGGCAGAGAACGGUUACUGGCAUCGAGUGAACCCCGGCCGCCCGGGGCCUUCCAAGCUCCACAUCGCUACCCAGGCGCUCUUCCGGCUCAUCAAGGAAGAACAGUCGUAUCACAAGGAGCUCAAGCAACAGAAACAACGAGUCGAGAGACUCAAGGCCGACUUCACCAAUGGUGUCAAUAUCGAUGAGAACUCAGAGUAUAUCAUCCGCCAAGAGACCCGUACUGCCACGUCACAAAAGUCAAUGGAGCGGAGACGCGCAGCCGAGAUCAUCAUGUGCGCCCCCGCCUUACCCCUUCAUGAGAAGAUCAAGGAGGGCAUGCGGUCCGUCCAAGAAGAGCUUGCCUACGCCGACGACCCCACUCCUGUCGAAGAGUUGGAGAAUGCGAAAAAGGCUCUCGAUUUGGGGAGGGAAGUUUUAGGCCUCCCUCCAAUCAACGCCGAUGACUUUUAG